AUGAGUUGCAGCCCCAGAGCAGCUAGUGUGAAAACUGAUGGAAGCCCUGUGGAGAAGAGGAACAUAGAGACAUCACCUUGUUACUUGCUCACAGUAAGAGUGAUAGGAGCAAAGAAUAUCCGACGAGCAGAUACCUUUAGCCACACAGAUUGUUACUUGACCCUGUGGCUUCCGACUGCUUCUUCCACACAUUUCCAAACAAAGGCUGUUGAAAAUUCCAAAGACCCAGUCUGGAAUGAAACCUUCCAUUUUGUGGUCCAGAGCAAAGUAAAAAAUAUACUGGAGCUGAGCAUCCAUGAUGAGGAUAACAUUUCUAAAGAUGACCACCUUUUCACUGUGUUCUUUGAUAUAGCUGGACUCCCACUAAAUGAAAAAGUUCUUAUGCACUUCAAGUGUAAUCCAAAAGAUCAUGAAGAGCUAGAGGUGGAGUUCCUGUUAUGUAACAGUUCAAUUGCUGUUGAAGCUGUCAUUACUAAUGGAGUUCUUCUGUCUCGCCAAGUUUGCUGUUUGGAAUAUGAAGUGCAGGGGGAAAAGGCAAAAAAAUCAAAGCAAAAACUAUGCUUUAUGGUAAAAGGAUCCCAUGAAGGAUAUCAAGAAUGCAAUCUUGACUCUGAGUUUUCUAUCAGCCCUGCAUGUCAUUCAGCAUUCCAUUAUGUGAAAUAUAAGCAGCCAACAUUGGAUGUUAAACUACCAAAGACGGAUCUAGACUAUGCUUUUGGCUCAUGUGUCUAUAAUAGAGAAGAAGGAACCCUGAAAGCACAGAUCAAUUCACUUCCUACAAAGAAGCAGUUACUGCUAGCAGAGAAUCAUGAAUUUGCCUUGUAUGUGAAGACAGAGGACUGUCAGAAUGUCCUAGAUGUGCGCUUGGGGUAUGACCUGUGUUCACAGGAGCAAGAUUUCCUUUGCAAAAGAAAGAAGAUUGUUGCUGGGGCACUGAAAAAAGUUCUUGGGCUAGAAAGGGACCUGCAGGACCAUGAGAUUCCAGUUGUGGCAAUCAUGACAACAGGAGGUAGUACAAGAUCAUUGACAGCACUGUAUGGAAGCCUACAAGGUCUGAAGAAGUUAAAUUUCAUAGACUGUACUGCAUACUUGACUGGUUUUUCUGGCACAACAUGGACCAUGACAAAUUUGUAUAAAGAUGCUUAUUGGUCACAGAAGGAUCUGGAUGCACAAAUUAAUGAAACUAAAAGACAUGUAACCAAAUGCAAGGCAUAUGGAUUUUCCAUAGAGCGUCUGAAAUAUUACAACAGGCAGUUGCGUCAGCGGAAACAAGAUGGACACAAAACUUCCUGUAUAGAUCUGUGGGGACUCCUUACCGAAUAUCUGUUAAAUGAUGGGGAAGACAACCAUAAGCUCUCUGAUCAACAGCAAGCAGUGAAUGACGGUCAGAAUCCUUUACCCAUCUAUAUUGCAAUCAAUGUGAAAGAGAAGUACAGUACUAUGGAUUUCAAAGAGUGGGUUGAGUUCACGCCCUAUGAAGUUGGUGUACUAAAAUAUGGAGCUUAUGUUCGGGCUGAAGAUUUUGGAAGUGAGUUCUUCAUGGGUCACCUGAUGAAAAAACUUCCAGAAACUCGGAUCUGUUACUUGCAAGGCAUGUGGAGUAGUAUAUUUUCUGUUAAUCUCCUAUAUAUCUGGAAUUUAUCUCAUAGUUCAGAGGAUUUCUGGCACAAGUGGACUCAAGAUCAAAUAAUUGACAUUGAUGAAGAGCCUCAUCUACCUACAAGGCCAAGUGAGCAAAAGACAUAUCUGCAAACCCCUGCUAGUCCCCUCUCCAGGGCUUUCAGAGAUGUGCUCACUGGUCGCCUAUCUGUUGCCCAGUACCACAAUUUUCUAAGAGGCCUACAACUAGAUAAUAGCUAUCUCAAGCAAAGCAGUUUUCAUAGAUGGAAAGAUACUGUACUAGACUCUUCUUCACCUAACCAGCUGACCCAAACAGAAGAAUACUUGUCUCUAGAAGAUACUGGAUUUUUCAUCAGUACUAGCUCAGCACCUCUGCUGAGACCAGAAAGGAAGGUGGAUAUUAUUCUACAUUUAAAUUACAGUGCAGGGUCACAAGCACAGUUCUUGGAGCAAUCAUGCAAGUACUAUGCAGAGCAAGGAAUCCCAUUUCCCAAAGCUACACUAAGUGAAGAAGACAAAAAAUCUCUUAAGGAAUGUUAUUUAUUUGAUGAUGCAGAGAAUCCAGAAGCACCCAUAUUAUUAUUUUUUCCACAAGUGAAUGACACCUUUCGGUAUUACAAAGCACCGGGUGUGAAACGCUCUGAAUCAGAAAUGAAAGAUGGCAGAGUUGACAUCUCUAGUAACUCUUCUCCCUAUUCCACCUAUUCACUGACAUUUGCUGCUAAAGAGUACGAUGAACUGGUGAAACUGAGUGAAUACAAUAUUUUGAAUAACCAACAUCUAAUCCUUCAAGGCUUGCUCUCAGCAGUGGAACGGAAAAAAAUGUACAAGAAAUAAUACCAUUUUCUGAGCAUCUGGAUUCAUUGAAUGAGCAGCUAGGAUUGGUGUCAGGUUUCUCUGAUGAUGGUUCACAAGAUGAAUU